GCUGUGUCACCUCAAGAUUUGCUAUGGCCUGCUCUAAUAUUUUCUGGGUGCGCCGCUGGUCUUUGGAAGGCAUCCAAGCAGUUUUAUUACUCAAAGCAAACAGUGCUGAUAAGGUCUCGCAAGAGUCAAUUCUUGCAUCAUGGUUACAAACGCUAAAAAUACAUGUGCAACAUGGGGCGUGGAGUCUACUCUGCAUCUUAUAUAAAACAAUUUAAAGAGAGGAAGGUUGUUUGACAGCACCACACUUUCAUCUUCGAACAUGGCGGCGAUACAGGCAUGCAGUGCUCUAGUCACAGGGGCAAACCGAGGCUUGGGUUUAGAAAUGGUCAAGCAACUCCUGGAGGCCCAUUGCUCAAAGAUUUUUGCUGCAUGUCGUGACCCGCAGGGGCCAAACUCUGAGGCACUGAGAGAACUUGCCAAAAAGCAUCCAGGUGUUGUCAACCUUGUGCAGCUUGAUGUUGCUGAUCAAUGCAGUAUCAAAGAGUCUGCCGAAAAAGUUGGUUCUCUGUUGGGGAAGAACGGUUUGAAUCUGCUUGUGAAUAAUGCUGCAGUGUUGCCACAAAAAACCAUGCUGACUGCCACCGUUGAGGACAUGCUAAACACUUUCAACACCAACGUGAUAGGACCUUUAUUUGUCAUAAGGGAGUACCUGCCGUAUCUGCGUACAGCAGCUAAAGCCAAGUGCAAACCAGGGAUGUCAUGUGACAAAGCAGCUGUGAUCAACAUCUCCACGGAUUCGGCGUCUAUGAGCAUCAUGCCAGCAAUGGAGGAGCCAUUCCCAUUCUUCCCAUACAGCAUCAGCAAGGCUGGCCUUAACAUGUUGACCAUAUAUACCGCAAGGGACUUAAAGGCAGAUGGGAUCCUCUGCAUUUCUCUUCAUCCAGGAUGGGUGAGAACGGAUAUGGGGGGAGAUGAGGCAUCCAUUGAUGCCAGAGAAAGUGUGGAGGGGAUGCUGCGUGUCAUUGGGAGCCUUACUGAGAAGCAGAACGGUGCAUUCUUAGACUACACUGGAAAAACAAUGCCCUGGUGAACCAGAAAAAGAAAAAAAAAGUACAUCAAAGGGCCGAUUUAGAUUACAUAUUUUGUCUAUUAUAAAUAGUGACAAGAACAGUCAUUAAUGUUUGACAUGCUCAACAUCAUUCUCUGUGUCCAAUAAAACAAACUAC